AUGCUUAAUAGAUUAUGUAAGCGUUGCUUUUGCACCCUUACUCCGCAUCCUUGGCUUUUUGUGGGGUUGGGAAAUCCUGGCGACAAAUACAAAGGAACUAGACACAAUGUGGGAUUUGAGAUGAUUGAUGCAUUUGCCGAGUCACAGGGCAUUCCUAUGAACACCGUACAUUCCAAAGCCAUUUUUGGAAAAGGUUUUGUUGAUGAAGUUCCUGUUUUCCUUGCAAAGCCUCAAACUUACAUGAAUCUGAGUGGUGAAUCAACAGGACCACUGGCUGCUUAUUACAAGCUACCUCUUAAUCAGGUGCUUGUGUUCCACGAUGACAUGAACUUGCCAUGUGGGGUGCUUCGUCUUUACGACAAAGGGGGUCAUGGAAGUCACAAAGGGCUGAAGAGUGUGAUCUGCAACUUCAGAGGAAAUAAAGAGUUCCCUCGGCUAAGAAUUGGGAUUGGUAGGCCUCCUGGGCAAAUGGAUCCUAAAGCAUUUUUGCUUCAAAAGUUUAACGUAACAGCUAGACAGCGGAUUGAUGAGGCUUUGCAAGAGGGGGUCGAUGCCUUGAAGUUCCUUUUAUCUAAAGGUUUGGCAGAGAGUGCCAAAAGAUUCAACAAAGAACAAAAGUAUAAGCACUUAAGAGUGCAGACAUUGCCAGUCUGAUAUGAUUCCAUGAAGGCAAGUUGCAUCUUAAGUAUGACCAGUUCCUCGCUUUGUAGGUUGCGAUACAUUAUAUAAAACUUGAGUUUGAAAACGUUAUGGAUGUGUAAAAAUUAGCGAUAGGAAAUUGGCUGAAUUUUGUAAAUGUUCCUGAGAUACAUAUAGCUUUCUGAAUGGUUUUUGACCAAUUUGUUUUCCUUCGAUUUGUUUUGAUUUGGAUAUUGUCUCUAACUGUAUUGGGCAUUUGUGCAAACGCGAACGCACACUGA